GCAUUAACUCGUCUUUUGAAUGCCAGACAAUUGGGACUUAAGCUACUCUCUAACGUCAUAUUCGGCUACACGGCAGCCAGCUUCACUGGUCGAAUGCCAUGUGUUGAUGUCGGUGAUAGUAUCGUUUCAAAAGCUCGUGAAACACUAGAGCGUGCCAUCAAUCUAGUUAACAACCCUCCAACUGUUUCGGAAUUUGCUUCCUCUGCUACCUCUGAUUUCUGCAGUACAGGGAUUGGUGACCAGCCCGACAUUCGCUGCUCACGUACAGCUUGGCCGUGUGAGACUCGUGUCGUUUACGGCGAUACAGACAGUCUGUUUAUUUGGCUUCCAGCUUCAAGAUGCCCAGACAGGCAAACCGCUUUUCAGAUAGCCGAGCGAAUUGCUAAAGCUAUUUCUGACGCCAAUCCUAAUCCCAUUAAAAUUAAAGUCGAGAAGGUACCUGGCCAUUUGCAUCGUCUUUGCAUUUUUUAA